AUUGUUUAGGCUUUAAUAGAAGGGGCAAUGCUGGAUCAGAAGCCGGAACGGAUGGAACUUGCUUUUGGUUAUCUUGAGAAAAUGAAUGCUAGAGGAUUUUUUUUGAACUCCAAGUUGGGGAGUGAGCUUCUCCUUGCAGCUGCGAAAGAUGAGGGUAAUUAUGUCAAUGCAAAUUAUAUAUGGGAUAUGCUUCAAAGCCGCAAAGUUAAUGUAUCAUUUCCUGCAGUAGAAGCCUAUUACAACGGUUUAAAGGCUCGGCCAAUACCGCCGGAUGACCCCCGAAUCGUGAAGGUUAGCCGCAUUUAUGAAGAUCUAUCGACGAGAAUUGGUAGUAGAAGAAAUUUUAAUUUCUAGUUCGAAGCAAAGGAUGAUUUUCAUUUCUUUUGGACAUUUUUUUUGUGUAGCUCUAUUUUGCUUUUUUGCAGUCCUGUUGUGGUAAUAUGCUGUGAUAUCUCUAAUGUUAUUAAAAUUAAAUUUAUGUCAUGAUAUUUAAAAUGGCAUAA